UCUUCUAUGGUGAUGUAUAUUCCUACUCCCCCGUUCAUUAAAAUUUCAUGUUUCUUUGCAUGUGUUGAUAAUUAGUUACUAUUAUGGACUGCCAUAUCAUUAGUAUCCAUCAUGUGCUAAAAUAUUGAUACACACACACACACACUAAAUUUUUAAAAUUUGUGAAGGUAUUGGAAGCACCACAUGGAGAUCUAUUAUCAUGCAUGGAAAUGGCAAAGGUUGCUGAUCUGAUAGCUUUUGUAGUAUCGGCAAACUCCCUUAUUGAUGGAUGCGAAUCCAGUGGCUUAAUUGAUGCAUUUGGAAUUCAGUGCCUUUCUGUCUUCAGAGCCAUUGGUUUACCUCGUACUGCUGUCCUAAUUCGGGAUCUUCCUUCGGACAUGAAAAGGAAGCAAGAAUUGAAGAAGAUGAGCGUUUCUUGUCUUUCUUCUGAGUUGCCUGAGGAUUGUAAGUUUUACCCUGCAGAUACUAAAGAGGAUUUGCAUAAGUUCAUGUGGCUUUUCAAGGAGCAACACCUUUCAUCUCCUCAUUGGAGAAACCAGCGAUCCUACCUUAUGUCUCAAGAGGUUCAUUUGGAGCCUGAUGAUGGCAACCCUGGAAAAUGCACUUUGCUUCUUUCUGGCUAUGUACGUGCACACAGCCUCUCUGUGAAUCAGCUGGUGCAGGGGAUUUUCAGUUAAGAAAGAUAGAUGUCCUUAGAGAUCCAUAUCCUAUUAAUGAACGGAAAGGUUGUAAUUCAAUGCAUUCAGAAGAGACACAUGGUAU